AUGGCCGAUGACGUUACCCGUGACCUAGUUGUUUAUCUUCAGUCCAUCAGCUAUAGUGGAUCAAGUUCAGCCAUAUUACUAUCUGAUCCAAUUUUAAUAUUCAUUGACUCGACCGACCCCAACUUUUGGCUUCCGGAAGGUGUCUGUGACGCAUUCGAACAGGCCUUCGGGCUUACGCUCGAUAAUGAGAGUGGUCUAUACUUAGUAAAUGAUACUCACAACACCGAAUUACUCAACUCAAACGCGCAGGUCACAUUUCGACUUUCCGAUGUGGCUUCCGGCGGAGAUGCCGUGACGAUCACCCUUCCGUAUGAUGCUUUUGCUCUGACUGCACAAGCUCCGCUAGUCGACAACAGCAGCUACUAUUUCCCGCUGAAACGCGCAGCCAACUCGACUCAGUAUACUUUGGGUCGAGCUUUCUUGCAAGAAGCGUAUCUCUCAGCCGAUUACGAGCGAGGCAUCUUCAAUGUAUCGGCAUGCGCUUGGGAUGAAACCGCGGAGGAGCACAUCGUCACUAUCAGUUCCAAAGAUUCUGACUCCGUUUGCUCGGGAAAUGCAUGCCCGUCCGCUGGAGGUAGUUCAGACGACUCUUCGUCCCUGAGUAACGGCGCAGUGGCUGGUAUCGCGAUUGCGGCACUGGUUGGAGUUGCCAUUCUCGCGGCGGUCUUGUUCUUUUUCAUCCGCCGUCAGCGCCAAAAGACGGCAUACAAAGCGACUCCGCCAGAGACAGAUGUAUCUGUCCUUUCCGGCCCGGUGCACAACGCUCCUCCUCCUCCUCCGGAGUCGUCAGACGAUUCUGGACUGCAGACAAGAUUCUGGUCUCCGGAAGCCAUCCUGAACAGUGUUAGCGACAGUAAUUAUGGCCAGAGUAGUGGCAGUGGUGGGAAUGGGAACCAUGAGCAGAGUGUUGAUGAGAAUGGGAUGGAAUUAGAUGGCGACGGAACACAGAUCCAGCCAGUUUAUCACGAAUUGGAUGGCAGUGAAGUCGGAAAGUGA